AUAACAAGUAUUACAGGCAUAAACAGGGUUGGUGGUUCUAAGAUCUUACUCAGAAUGACGUUAGGAAGAGAAGUGAUGCCUCCUCUUCAGACAAUGUCUUCCUUUACUGCAGCUGGCAGAAACGUUUUAAGAUGGGAUCUGUCGCCAGAGCAAAUUAAAACAAGAACUGAGGAGCUCAUUGUCCAGACCAAACAGGUGUAUGAUACUGUUGCAAUGCUCGAUAUUGAAGAAGUGACUUAUGAGAACUGUUUACAGGCACUGGCAGAUAUAGAAGUGAAAUAUAUCGUCGAAAGAACCAUGCUAGACUUUCCCCAGCAUGUCUCCUCUGACAAAGAAGUAAGAGCAGCAAGUACAGAAGCGGACAAAAGACUUUCUCGUUUCGAUAUCGAGAUGAGCAUGAGAGAAGAUAUAUUUCAGAGGAUUGUUCAUCUACAGGAAACGUGUGAUCUGGGUAAGAUAAAGCCUGAAGCCAGAAGAUACUUGGAAAAGUCUAUUAAGAUGGGUAAAAGGAAUGGGCUUCAUCUUCCAGAACAAGUGCAGAAUGAAAUCAAAGCAAUGAAGAAAAAAAUGAGUGAGCUGUGUAUUGACUUUAACAAAAACCUCAAUGAGGAUGAUACCUUCCUUGUAUUUUCCAAGGCUGAACUUGGUGCUCUUCCUGAUGAUUUCAUUGAUAGUUUAGAAAAGACAGAUGAUGGCAACUAUAAAAUUACCUUAAAGUAUCCACAUUAUUUUCCUGUCAUGAAGAAAUGUUGUGUCUCUGAAACCAGAAGGAAAAUGGAAAUGGCUUUUAAUACAAGGUGCAAGGAGGAAAAUACCAUAAUUCUGCAACAUCUACUUCCGCUGAGGGCCAAAGUAGCCAAACUACUUGGCUACAACACGCAUGCAGACUUUGUGCUUGAAAUGAACACUGCAAAGAGCACAAGCCGUGUGACAGCUUUUUUAGAUGACCUAAGCCAGAAAUUAAAACCCUUGGGUGAGGCAGAACGAGAGUUUAUUUUGAGCUUGAAGAAAAAGGAAUGUGAAGAGAGAGGUUUUGAAUACGAUGGGAAAAUCAAUGCCUGGGAUCUGCACUACUACAUGACUCAGACAGAGGAACUCAAGUAUUCGCUAGACCAAGAAAUCCUCAAGGAAUACUUUCCAAUUGAUGUGGUCACAGAAGGCUUGCUGAACAUCUACCAGGAGUUGUUGGGACUGUCAUUUGAGCAAGUGGCAGAUGCUCAUGUUUGGAAUAAAAACGUUAUGCUUUACACUGUGAAGGAUAAAGCUACAGGAGAAGUGUUGGGACAGUUCUACUUGGACCUCUAUCCCAGGGAAGGAAAAUAUAACCACGCAGCUUGCUUUGGUCUCCAGCCUGGCUGUCUUCUCCCUGAUGGGAGUCGAAUGAUGUCUGUGGCUGCCCUUGUGGUGAACUUCUCACAGCCAGUAGCAGGUCGUCCCUCUCUCCUCAGGCACGAUGAGGUGAGGACUUACUUCCAUGAGUUUGGUCAUGUCAUGCAUCAGAUAUGCGCACAGACUGAUUUUGCACGAUUUAGUGGAACAAAUGUGGAAACUGAUUUUGUAGAGGUGCCAUCACAAAUGCUUGAAAAUUGGGUAUGGGACAUGGAUUCUCUCCGAAGAUUGUCACGGCAUUAUAAAACUGGAAGUCCUAUUAUGGAUGAUCUACUUGAAAAACUUGUUGCUUCUAGACUGGUCAACACAGGUCUUCUUACCCUACGCCAGAUUGUUUUAAGCAAAGUUGAUCAGUCUCUGCAUACCAACAUAUCACUGGAUGCUGCAAGUGAAUAUGCCAAAUACUGCACCGAAAUUUUAGGUGUUUCAGCCACUCCAGGCACAAAUAUGCCAGCUACUUUUGGACAUUUGGCAGGAGGAUAUGAUGGGCAAUACUAUGGGUAUCUUUGGAGUGAAGUAUUUUCCAUGGACAUGUUUUACAGCUGUUUUAAAAAAGAAGGGAUAAUGAAUCCAGAGGUUGGAAUGAAGUACAGAAACCUAAUCCUGAAACCUGGGGGAUCUCUGGACGGCAUGGACAUGCUCCAGAAUUUCUUGAAACGUGAGCCAAACCAAAAAGCAUUCCUAAUGAGUAGAGGCCUGCAGGUUCCAUGAACUGGGAUUUUUGGUAGCAGUCCAUGUCUGGAGGACAAGUCGGCAUUGCCAUGUGAUACUGGCCUAGAAAUUGAAAGGAGUUUUGCAAGUGAAAGUUUAAAUUUCUAUCAACUUUGUUUUGUGUUUUCAUUUAAAAAUGAUACAGAUGCAAAUGUAAUUACAAAUACUGUGACCUAAAAAAGACUCAACUGAAAGUAACUGUACUAUAAAAUUUCAUAAAAAUGGAUUUGAUUUCUUUUUAUAAAUGUUUCAUAUAAAUGUAGUUUGAUUUUUUACUGAUAAUCUAGGUAAUAUAAUGUAAGAGGGCUAAGAAUUUUUAAAUUGAAUCGUAUGCAUUAUAUAAUUCGAUCCUUCAUAUUUUGAAAUUUUGUACUUGGGAUUUCUGAACUUAUAAAUGAAUCACACAUAUUUCUCUGGUAAAUAUUUUCUUGGACCCUUCAUCAACUUUGAUUUUCUUUCUCACACUACAUGUGACCUCUUUGCCCAUAUACCCGAGGGCCAGGGGAAUAUGCCUUUAUCUCGGUCUCCCAGGCCUCAUGUUUUCCAACUUUUUGCCGCCACACUGGAAUCCUGUGCCUC